AUGAAAGGACAUCAAUUCAAAUCCUGGAUUUUCGAAUUGAGAGAAAUAGUGAGAGAGAUCAAGAAUUCUCACUAUUUCUUAGAUUCAUGGACCCAAAUCAAUUCAGUGGGAUCUUUCAUUCAUAUUUUUUUCCACCAAGAACGUUUUAGAAAACUCUUGGACCCUCGAAUUUUUAGUAUCCUACUUUUGCGCAAUUCACAGGGUUCAACAAGCAAUCGAUAUUUCACGAUCAAGGGUGUAGUACUAUUUGUAGUAGCGGCCCUUCUAUAUCGUAUUAACAAUCGAAAUAUGGUCGAAAGCAAAAAUCUCUAUUUGAAAGGGCUUCUUCCUAUACCUAUGAAUUCCAUUGGACCCAGAAAUGAUACAUCGGAAGAAUCUUUUGGGUCUUCCAAUAUCAAUAGGUUGAUUGUUUCGCUCCUGUAUUUUACAAAAGGAAAAAAGAUCUCUGAGAGCUGUUUCCGGGAUCCGAAAGAGAGUACUCGGGUUCUCCCAAUAACUAAAAAGUGUAUCAUGCCUGAAUCUAACUGGAGUUCGCGGUGGUGGAGGAACUGGAUCGGAAAAAAGAGGGAUUUUUGUUGUAAGAUAUCUAAUGAAACCGUCGCUGGAAUUGAUAUCUCAUUUAAAGAGAAAGAUAUCAAAUAUCUGGAGUUUCUUUUUGUAUAUUAUAUGGAUGAUCCGAUCCGCAAGGGCCAUGAUUGGGAAUUGUUUGAUCGUCUUUCUCCGAAUAAGAGGCGAAACAUAAUCAACUUGAAUUCGGGACAGCUAUUCGAAAUCUUAGUGAAAGACUGGAUUUGUUAUCUCAUGUUUGCUUUUCGUGAAAAAAUACCAAUUGAAGUGGAGGGUUUCUUCAAACAACAAGGAGCUGGGUCAACUAUUCAAUCAAAUGAUAUUGAGCAUGUUUCCCAUCUCUUCUCGAGAAACAAGCGGGCUAUUUCUUUGCAAAAUUGUGCUCAAUUUCAUAUGUGGCAAUUCCACCAAGAUCUCUUCGUUAGUUGGGGGAAGAAUCCGCACGAAUCGGAUUUUUUGAGGAAAAUAUCGAGAGAGAAUUGGAUUUGGUUAGACAAUGUGUGGUUGGUAAACAAGGAUAGAUUUUUUAGCAAGGUACGAAAUGUAUCGUCAAAUAUUCAAUAUGAUUCUACAAGAUCUAGUUUCGUUCAAGUAACGGAUUCUAGCCAAUUGAACGGAUCUUCUGAUCAAUUCAUAGAUCCUUUCGAUUCCAUUAGUAAUGAGGAUUCGGAAUAUCACUAUCACACAUUGAUCAAUCAAAGAGAGAUUCAACAACUAAAAGAAAGAUCGAUUCUUUGGGAUCCUUCCUUUAUUCAAACGGAAGGAAGAGAGAUAGAAUCAGACCGAUUCCCUAAAUACCUUUCUGGAUAUUCCUCAAUGCCCCGGCUAUUCACGGAACGUGAAAAGCGAAUGAAUAAUCAUCUGCUUCCGGAAGAAAGCGAAGAAUUUUUUUGGAAUUCUACAAGAGCCAUUCGUUCUUUUUUCUCUGACAGAUGGUCAGAACUUCAUCUGGGUUCGAAUCCUACUGAGAGGUCCACUAGGGAUCAGAAAUUGUUGAAGAAAGAACAAGAUGUUUCUUUUGUCCCUUCCAGGCGAUCGGAAAAUAAAGAAAUAGUUAAUAUAUUCAAGAUAAUUACGUAUUUACAAAAUACCGUCUCAAUUCAUCCUAUUUCAUCAGAUCUGGGAUGUGAUACGGUUCCGAAGGAUGAACUGGAUAUGGACAGUUCCAAUAAGAUUUCAUUCUUGAACAAAAAUCCAUUUUUUAUUUAUUUCAUCUAUUCCAUGAACGGAAGAGGGGGGGAUACACGUUACGCCACGAUUUUGAGUCAGAAGAGAGAUUUCAAGAAAUGGCAGAUCUAUUCACUCUAUCAAUAACCGAGCCGGAUCUGGUGUAUCAUAAGGGAUUUGCCUUUUCUAUUGAUUCCUACGGAUUGGAUCAAAGACAAUUCUUGAAGGAGGUUUUCAACUCCAGGGAUGAAUUGAAAAAGAAAUCUUUAUUGGUUCUACCUCCUAUUUUUUAUGAAGAAAAUGAAUCUUUUUAUCGAAGGAUCAGAAAAAAUUGGGUCCGGAUCUCCUGCGGGAAUUUUUUUGAAGAUCCAAAACCAAAAAGAGUGGUAUUUGCUAGCAACAACAUAAUGGAGGCAGUCAAUCAAUAUAGAUUGAUCCGAAAUCUGAUUCAAAUCCAAUUCCAAUAUAGUCCCUAUGGGUACAUAAGAAAUGUAUUGAAUCGAUUCUUUUUAAUGAAGAGACCUGAUCGCAACUUCGAAUAUGGAAUUCAAAGGGAUCUAAUAGGAAAUGAUACUCUGAAUCAUAGAACUAUAAUGAAAGAUACGAUCAACCAACAUUUAUCGAAUUUGAAAAA